GCAUCUGGGUAUGCAGAUAGGGGUAUUCCAUGGGGACUCCAGUGGCACGGAAACGCCUACAGUGGGCAGUAAUACGGGAGUAAUGCGGGAUCAUCCCGCCAGUUCAAAUGUACACGUAGUGAAAUAAAUCUUGUAAAAUGCGACUUUUACUUUUAUUCAUUUUUACCGGAACAUUUUGCGCACAUAAAGGAGAUUCGUGGAGAUUAGGGACCCAAAAACAAUGGCUUCCGGACUUGGAAUUCACCACAAGGGGUAAUUGGAUUAGUAAUAAAGUGCCAACAAAAAAUAGUAGAAUCAAAUUUCCGUUGGAAAUUCAACAUUCUGUGGGUCUACCAUUGACCGGUGAUUUAUUUUUUUCGGGAAUUGAAUUAUCACGUGAUGGUUCACUUCUUCUUCCUCUCAAUGGCAGGCUACAGUUGACAGAACCCAAAGGAACAAGUAGUAAGGAUAACAACCCUGAAAUAUUUGAGUGGAAAUGGAAAGGUCCGUUCUCGUGGGUGGAUCCGGAAAAUUGGGGUGGAUCAAAUCAAGCUGUUCCCCAUUUGGAGAAAAUUCCUUGUGACAGAGACAUGGUCAUUCUCCCGAGUAACAAUCGCUCGUUAAGUAUCAGAUUGCCGACCGUUGAUGUCAAUGUUAAGGAAGUUAAAAUUGGAAAGUCAACCCCAUUGGCAUCCUGGGACUGGCAGGAGGUCAUGAGAGGAAGGGAAUUCACCAACAGUCACUGGAGUGUCAAAUACAGUGGACUGCCUUACUGUGACUCCGACAAGUGCCUAUGUCGUCACAGCACCGACAUGUAUGAUUUAAUGAAGGAAAUCUGUGAAAUUGAGAGGCCCCGAUGUUUGGACAAAGAGGUUGCCUGUUCAUAUCCAAUGGGGGUGGAGGGACAUUGUUGCGCUUACUGCGGUGGCCAACUGUUCCUGAGUGUUAAUCACGCGACCUUUCCUCUGUCGAAAUUGAAUGAAAUUACAAAUGAGGCAUUGAGUAGCUAUGGUGAUAUAUCUCAUCAUGUCAGAGUAACGCUGAAUGGAAAUGUACAAGUUCUCGUCACCGAGAAUGGUGUUUACACGGGAAUAAAAAGUGCCGAAGCCGUUGAGACGCUUCACAGCGUUUUUUCAGGACGAGGUAUAAACGUGUUGUCAUACGCAGUGACGGGAGCAUCCUUGAAGGGCUCUGCAUUGGCAACAGCUCUGGGUCCACUGUUCGGUGUUCCACUCGUGAUAAUUAUUCUCAUCCUCAUAGCAGUUCCCUCCUUCGGAUAUUCAUAUAAAGAGGUCUACUUCAUUUUUCGAGCAUCAAUCCGUCAGAGAAAUCUACCACCUGACGAUCCUGGUGCAGACGGAAAUUUCGGAUUUGCGCGGUUCGAGAAUAUAGCAACGGGUGAGGUACAGCUAACGAGUCCAAUAAUAGAGGACGAAAUGGGCAGCGACGAUGAUCACGAAGAUGGAAAGAGAUUCGAGAAUCCUUUGUACAGAUCAAAGAGGAAGGGGCCAGUUGAGAAGAUUAUUGACAUUGAUGCACCUGUGAGCCUUGCGGAGCUGGAGGGAAAGGUCGCCUCCCACGAGGAUGCGAACAUUGAUUCCGAUUGAUAAACCUGCCUCGAAUCGGUUGAUCGUGCUAUGGUCACUCGCGAAAACAAUGGGUGAGUGUUUCAAAAGGCUCACGUUUACGGAAAUUUGAUCGGCUCAUUGAUAAUCAAAAUCCCCGAUGGGAACAGUUGUCUUAAGAUGUCGGGGGUGAUAAGGUUCGAGACUCUUCCAUAAAAAAUUGAAAAAUUCCAUAGAAAAAGGAAAAAACAAUAUUCGAAUGGAUGCAACAAUACAAGGGCAAUUGUUCUCUCGAAGAGAUAUGCUUGAAACUCCCUUCCAUGGACAUCUAAUGAAAUAUGUCUUGAACAACUGUUUUCCCAUUUGUGCUCGUUCUAACAAGAUGCAGGCCAACAUUGUGUUCAUUCAAUUGUGGUGCAAUAGUCGACAAUUCAAAGCAAUUCAUAAUUAUGAUUAAAUUGAAUGGAACAAUUUAGAAUACGGCUGUUAUGUGAAACGGAUUUUAUUCAAAAUAAGAAUGUUACAUAAAAGGUUUA